AAUUUUGGGCCGUGGUCGGCUUGGUCUUAAGGGACGGGCAGUAGGGAGCGACCUUCCCCCGUGCGCGAGGACGCGGCGGCGGCCGCCGUCAAGCCCAGCGGAGCGCCGGUCACCGGCCGCCGGCCGUCCUUCUGCUGCUGACCUCGCGGUUCCCGUUUCAGCAGUCCACAAAAGCGCCGGCAAUAUUCCUCUCCUGCAACCAUGGACGAUGCCAGGUCGCAGCAUCUGCUUGGUGCUGCAGGCCCAUGGAUUCGCGGGUCUCGAGAAAUGGGGGGCUGGGAGGUGGCGCAGGACUUCACUGUCGAGGACGCCAAAGCAGUCUGCGAGCUUGUGCAUCGAGAUGAAUCCUUGGUCGUUGAGAAACGGAGAUAUCUGCUGUCAAUGCUUCAAGGACAAGAUGGAUGCAUCAAGCGUGUGAAGAGACCUGAGUUCAUGGAACAACUAUUUUUGGCUGAAUCAGAUGUCAGGGGGGAUGAGGUAAGUCUGCAAUGCCCAAAUAACAUAGGCUGUAAUUCGUGUAAGCUGUCCUGUGAGAGAGUUAGACUCCAUGUCGAGAGAUGUUUUGGUUUGGAACAAAAUGGCUGGAAUCACCAUGUAGUUCAGGAUGGUGUACAACUUUUUAAAUUGCAAAAGGAGAAGGAUGGCUCUCUGAGUCCGGAGAGUUUGAAGUUUGUGCACAAUACAAUCAACAAACUUAGCCUUGAAGCUCUUCAUUCAGUGGCUUGUAUUGUUAACCAGAAUAGGAAUAGUUUUGAGAAGACUAGGCCAAGAAUGAAAAAACUUGUAAAGAAUAACCUCCCAGCUUACUUAGCUGAUUUGGAUAAUGAAAAUAACAGCUGUCAUGAGCUAUCCCAGAUCUUAACUAAUCCGUCAAGUUAUCUAUCUGACUGCAUGCGCCUUGCAACACCAGUUACGCCAAGACUGCUCUCAUCAUUGGUCCAAGCUUUAGGUGAACUGGAUGCAUUGCCAUUGCAAGCUCUGGUUGCAAUGAAGAGGAAGCUCGAAGGAAAAUCACUUCCCCCAAGGUUUGAGCUAGAAUGUCAAGCUUCCACAAGGCAAGAAAUUUUUGAAAAGGUACAUAGAAGGUGCAAUAAGAUCAUAUCGAAGCUUGAGGAAGGCUGUGACCUGCCAACGAAUUUAGCAAAAGCCAUGUCCGUGGUGAACCUAUGCCGGAAGAAAGAAUUGAGAUGUGUGGAUAUUUCAAUGUCAGAGUUCUUUCCAUUUUCCAGGCAUGUUAUCUCCUUGCAGAAUGAUGUAAUGAAUGCUCUAUGGUUGCUAGAAAAGAUGAGACAUGAUAGACUGAAACUGCUGCGUCCCAUGUUAUGUCAUGGCUCUAAGGAAAAGAGAGAGCACACAAAGUUCAGGAUAACUGUGAGAAGGUAUCUGUUAGAAUGUUUGUUUGAAUGCGAUGAAGGUAAUUUACCAGAGAAAGCACUGCAAGUCAUUGCUUUUUUUGAUCGUAUGUCUCGACAUCAACAUAUGUUCACAGAAGGGAGAAAGGAAGUAGAGGUAGAGUCUGUCUUGAAUUUGAGCAGCAAUCUCAGAGCUAUAGGAUAUUAUGAUGUAGCUGGAGACCCAAUCAAUGAUCAGUUAAUGAACUCAGGGAGUGCAUGCAUAAGUGAUGAUCAACUUAUAAACUUAGACCACGAUGACCGCAGUGAGGACAAUGACUUUGUACUCACAGAGACCAAUUACUUCAAUUUUUGUCCUCAGCAAAAUAUUGAUGAACCAUGCAGUUCCAAUAGCUUGCACAACACUGCUGCCGUGAGUUCUAGGCAUUCUAGAGACACAGAAGCGGCUGUUAGCAUGAUGGAUUCUCAUUUGAAUAAGGCUGUUGCUAGUGUGGAAACAGCAAGUUGUUCUAAAGAUCUCCAUGAUCUUUGUGAUGAGACUGCAGUGAUGGCCCACAAGCUUGUUGGACAGAUUAUAGAAAGUUCGUUGCAUGCAGAUACCAAGGAGGUUGAUGAAUGCACCAGAGGUUAUCUUCGAGGGGGUUCUGAUUCUCAAGGCCCUCAAGCUCCUGCAGUGGAGGAUACGCAAAGUGCUGACAUUAUGAUUAAUGCUGUCAAGACUUUGUUUCCAAAUUUAUCAGAAAGCUGCUUUGAAAAGGUCCGGAGGAUCCUCAAUGGUGGUGAGCAGUGAGGAGCCUUAGAGUACAUUGUGCUGGCUUUGCAACUUUAUUUUUGUUUGUACUCUAGACUGUGAUAGUGUGGCUUGAUAUUUACCUUGUGGUACGUACAACUAAUCUCUUUGGAGUGAGCAUAACAUUAAAGCAAAAAUAAUAAUUAAAAAGGGAUUGAAUUCAUUCUUUUAA